ACCAACUUUAUAAUUCUCCAGUAUUCGUGCUCUACUAAUUAGGAUUUAAUUCCGUAUUUUUAAUCCCCACAAAUCGCAAUAUUCUUGACCUGUGUUCGAAAAUACAUUAAAAUGGCUUCCAUCAGGCUUUUACUCUUUGUCUUUUGCUCGCCGUAAAAAGCAGGGAGACGUUUUCCUACUUGUUUUGGUCAACGAAUACAAAAAAGAGAAAGAACAGCCAUGAAGCUCAGCCAAGAAGAGCAGCCAAACUCCUCCUCCGAGUCGAAUCGGAAAAUGACGUCAUGGGCUGCUUUAGAGCGACUGCCGACGCGCUCGAGAGCAAGGAGAGGUAUUCUGCUCGCGGAAGAUCAAGAACACAACAGAGAGAUUGAUGUGAAGGAACUUCGAUUAGUAGAAAGGAAAAACGUUUUGGAGAGGCUUAUCCAGAUUAAUAAUUCAAACCAAGAUGAAACUAGUAAUAAUCCCACGUUCUUGCUCAAGCUCAAGGACCGCAUGAACAGAGUUGGACUUGAAUUUCCAACAACUGAGGUGCGGUUCGAGCAUUUGAACGUUGAAGCAGAAGCUCACGUAGGAAGCAGGGCAUCGCCUUCAAUCCUCAACUUCUCCCUCAAUAUCUUGGAGGGGUUCCUGAAAUGCUUUCACAUUCUUACAAGUAAGAAGAAGCCAGUGUCGAUCCUCCACGAUGCAAGUGGGAUUAUCAAGCCAAGAAGAAUGACACUUCUUUUAGGCCCCCCGGGCUCUGGAAAGACCACAUUACUAUUGGCAUUGGCUGGAAAACUUAGCAAACACCAUCUAAAACUUUCGGGGAGAGUUACAUACAACGGACAAGGGAUGGAGGAGUUUGUGCCGCAGAGGGCGGCAGCUUAUGUUAGCCAACACGAUCUCCACUUACCGGAAUUGACAGUGAGAGAAACGCUGGCUUUUUCAGCGAGAUGUCAUGGUGUUGGGCCGCGCUUUGAAUUGUUGGUAGAAUUAUUGAGAAGAGAGAAGGCUGCAAACGUCAUGCCGGAUCUUGAUCUUGAUCUAAUCAUGAAGGCAGCGGUACUAGAAGGACGGGAAGCCAAUAUAGUUACAGACUUAAUACUCAAGGUUUUGAGACUGGAAGCUUGUGCUGACACCGUUGUAGGGGACGAAAUGACCAGAGGCAUAUCUGGUGGACAAAAAAAGCGAGUCACGACAGGGGAGAUGCUAGUCGGACCAGAAGGAGUACUUUUUAUGGAUGAGAUAUCGACUGGCCUGGACAGUUCUACAACAUUUCAAAUAGUGAAUUCGCUGCGUCAUUGUGUCUACAUCCUCAAUGGAACUGCAUUAAUCGCUCUCCUGCAGCCAGCACCGGAGACAUAUGAUCUUUUCGAUGACAUAAUUCUCCUCUCGGAUGGAUACAUUGUGUAUCAAGGUCCCCGUGAGAAUGUGCUCGAGUUCUUUGAGCACAUGGGAUUCAAAUGUCCCCAGAGGAAAGGAGUCGCCGAUUUCUUACAAGAAGUGACAUCAAGGAAAGACCAAGAGCAAUACUGGGUCUAUAGAGAGAAGCCUUAUGGCUUUGUAACUCCCAAAGAGUUUUCUGAAGCAAUGAAUUCGUUUCACAUUGGUCAAAAACUCAGCGAUGAGCUUGCUAUUCCGUUUAACAAGUCCGAAGGCCACCCUUUGGAUUUAACAACUAAGAAGUACGGUGCUAGCAACAAGGAACUGUUAAAAGCUUGUAUGGACAGACAAAUUAUUCUUAUGAAGCGGAAUAAAUUCGUCUACAUUUUCAAAUUGGUGCAGCUUAUUGUAGCUGCUUUUGUAACGACGACGUUAUUCCUACGCACUGAGAUGCACCGGAAUACAGCAGCAGAUGGUGGAAUUUAUAUGGGAGCUAUGUUCUUUACACUGCUAUCAAUCAUGUUCAAUGGGUUUGCGGAGCUGCACAUGACUGUUGAGAGACUUCCGGCCUUUUACAAGCAAAGGGACGAUUUGUUCUAUCCAGCUUGGGUGUAUACUCUACCUCAAUGGAUGAUACGGAUCCCUAUGACAUUUGUGGAAGUCUCCAUUUGGAUGCUCAUCACUUACUAUCCCAUCGGUUAUGAUCCAAGCUUCGCAAGGUUUUUCAAGCAGUUCCUUGUGCUAGCGUGCAUUAGCCAGAUGGCAAAUGGACUUUUUCGAUUGAUAGGGGUAGUAGGAAGGAACAUAACUGCUGCAAAUACAUUCGGGUUUGUUGCUUUCCUCGUCAUUCUUGGUCUGAGCGGCUUUGUUUUACCACGAGACGAUAUGAACAAGUGGACGUUGUGGGGAUAUUAUCUCUCACCGUUCACAUACGGACUGAAUGCAAUGGCUGUAAAUGAAUUUCUAGGAAAAAGUUGGAGACAUGUUCCUGCAAACUCAACAGAAGCGUUAGGAGUUAUAGUCUUGAAGUCUCAAGGAGUAUCUCCGGAAGCACGUUGGUAUUGGAUUGGAGUGGCAGCUUUGAUCGGCUUUACUGUUCUAUUCAACUUCCUUUUCACGUUUGCACUUGAGUAUCUUGAUCCAUUUGAAGAGCCCCGUGCAGCAUCAGAAGUGUCCAAUGAGGCUUUGACUGCGGUAUCAGAGGGAAGAGACAUGGAAGCCAAUAGUACAAAGAGGCAGCGCGGAAUGGUUCUGCCUUUUCAACCUCUUUCGGUUACUUUUAAUGAAAUACGAUAUGCGAUUGACAUGCCUCAUGAACAGAAAGUUCAAGGCAUAAGUAAUGAAGGCUUACGGAAAGAAAUUCUCCAGGGUGUGAGUGGAACUUUUAGGCCAGGAGUCUUGACAGCCCUAAUGGGUAUUAGUGGCGCAGGUAAAACCACUCUACUGGAUGUUUUGGCAGGUAGGAAAACCAGUGGACGUAUCAAGGGUAGCAUCACAAUAUCCGGAUAUCCAAAAAACCAAGGCACAUUUGCUCGCGUAACAGGAUACUGCGAGCAAACAGAUAUCCACUCUCCUCAUGUUGCAGUGUACGAGUCUUUGGUUUACUCUGCAUGGCUCCGGUUACCCCCUGAGGUUGAUUCCCGCAGCAGAAGGAUGUUCAUCGAGGAAGUAAUGGAGCUUGUGGAAUUGACUCCAAUACGCAACGCACUUGUUGGAUUGCCUGGUGUGAAUGGUCUCUCAACGGAGCAGCGCAAAAGGCUAACAAUUGCGGUAGAGCUUGUUGCCAACCCAUCCAUCAUAUUUAUGGAUGAGCCGACCUCUGGCCUUGAUGCCAGGGCAGCAGCAAUUGUAAUGAGAACGGUGAGAAAUACAGUGGACACUGGGAGGACCGUAGUCUGCACCAUCCACCAGCCAAGCAUUGAUAUAUUCGAUGCUUUCGAUGAGAUGCUGCUCUUGAAAGAGGGAGGCGAAGAAAUAUACGGUGGCCCUUUAGGCCACCAUUCUUCCAAGUUGAUCGAAUACUUUGAGGGGAUUAAUGGCGUUCCAAAAAUAAAGGAUGGUUACAAUCCGGCAACAUGGAUGUUGGAGGUUACUUCUGCAGCACAAGAAGCAGCGCUCGGGGUUAAUUUCGCUGAAAUAUACAAGAACUCAGAAAUAUACGGGAGAAACAAGGCCUUGAUCAAGGAGCUAAGCACCCCUGCACCAAAUUCGAAAGACUUGUACUUCCCGUCACAAUAUUCUCAAUCGUUCUUUACCCAGUGUCGAGCUUGCUUAUGGAAGCAACACAUAUCAUAUUGGCGAAACCCGCAAUAUAGUGCAAUGAAGCUGUUUUACACAGCUAUGAUGGCUUUACUCUUUGGAACAAUUUUCUGGGAUCUUGGCACCAAAAGGGAAAGGGAAAGAGAUCUUCUUAACGCAAUCGGUUCAAUGUAUGCUGCUGUUCUCUUCAUUGGGAUACAAAACUCCUUAGCAGUGCAGCCAGUUGUAGGCAUCGAGAGGAUGGUAUCUUACAGAGAAAGGGCUGCAGAAAUGUACUCAGCAUUUCCAUUUGCCUUCGGACAGGCCGUCAUUGAGAUUCCAUACACGUUGAUCCAAACUAUCAUCUACGGAGUUAUAGUGUACACAAUGGUCGGAUUUGAGUGGACGGUCAGCAAAUUCUUUUUGUAUCUCUUCUUCAUGUGCUUCACCUUCUUGUACUUCACCUUCCAUGGCAUGAUGGCAGUGGCCAUCACUCCCAAUAACACCAUCUCUAUCGUUGUUUCAUCCGCCUUCUAUCCGCUAUGGAACGUUAUUUCCGGAUAUCUCAUUCCCAAAACAAGAAUUCCAAUGUGGUGGAGAUGGUUCUACUGGAUUAGCCCGACAUCUUGGAGCUUGUACGGCUUGUUUUCUUCGCAAUUUGGAGGCAUCACGGACAGACUUGAUUCCGGCGAAACUGUGGAUGAAUUUAUGAGGUCUUAUUUUGGGUAUAGGAACGACUUUGUAGGCAUUGUUGCAACUGUGUUAGUCGGAUUUUCAGUGCUAUUUGUUUUCGUCUUUGCCUUAGGAAUCAAAAAAUUGAACUACCAAAAGAGAUGAAACGAUCUUUGUACAAGUAAUUUUUUCGAUAUACGAUAUGAAAAUUCGAAUAUUUCUACUU